GCUACCGAUCCGCCAAAACUUUCGCUCGGUUACUCAGAGAAGAUCGAUGGCGUCUUCCGUCUCGGCGUGGGCGAAACCAGGCGCGUGGGCCUUGGACGCCGAGCACGAGGCUUCCAUGGGCAAGGAGGAUGACGGCGAUGCAUCGCUGGCGCAGCAACCGCAGCAGGAGUUCCCCUCCCUCGCUGCCGCCGCUUCCUCUAAGACAUCCAAGAAGAAGAAAAAGGCGCAGCCCAUCUCCUUUGCGGAGUUUACUACCGGGAAACCCGUCGCUCACGGCACUGGCGGUCGAUUCGCAUCCUCCUCUUCAUCCAAAGGCCUCACGGCCGACGAGCUCAUCCUCCUCCCUACCGGCCCGCGCGAGCGCUCUGCCGAGGAGCUCGAGCGCUCAUCCUCCAGGGGUUUCGGAUACACAUCGUACGGCGCCGGCGGUUCCCGUGGCCGAGCUGCGUCGGGUGAGGAUUCCGACCCCAGCCGUUGGGGUUCGUCUAGGGGGUCCGACGAUGCGAGGAGAGGAGGUUUCGGCGGAUCUGGAGGUGGAUCUGAGAGGGAACUUGGCCCAUCCCGUGCCGACGAGAUCGACGACUGGGGAGCGGCGAAGAAAUCCCUAGUGCCCGAGAGGAGGGAGAGGGGUGGAACAGGGGGUUUCUUUGACUCGCAGUCUAAGGCGGACGAAUCCGAUAGCUGGAUCUCGAGCAAAAGCGUUGCACCUCCGGUGGACGCCCGGAGGAUAGGUAACAGCGGAUUUGAUGCGCCCAGGGAGAGGAGAGGGGGGUUCGACAUGUUCAGCAAGGAGGGAUCUUUCGGAGCUGGAGCCGAUUCCGAAACAUGGGGUAGGAAGAAGGAUUUCGUUACUGAUCCAGAUACAGAGAGGAGGGAAACAGAACGAAAUAGUGGGGAGAGGCGUAGGCUUGUGCUGCAGCCUCGUUCUUCCCCAGCGCCCGAUGGAAACAGCGAACAAGAAAUUCAAGGGGAGCAGCAUAAGCAGCUAAUAGAGAAGAGAGGCAAAGGUUCCAACCCCUUUGGAGAAGCUCGCCCACGAGAAGAAGUAUUAGCAGGGAAGGAGCAGGACAGCGAACAGGAAAUUCAAGGGGAGCAGCAUAAGCAGCCAAUAGAGAAGAGAGGCAAAGGAUCAAACCCCUUUGGAGAUGCUCGCCCACGAGAAGAAGUAUUAGCAAGGAAGGGGCAGGAUUGGAAAAAGAUUGACGAACAACUGGAGACCAUCAAGAUUCGGGAUGUUCUCUCUGAAAGUUCUUCAUUUGGCAGAAAGGGACUUGAAGCAACAAAUGAGACUCAACGACCACCGGAGAGCCGUGCAGAUAAUGCUUGGAGGAAGGCGGAUGCUACUGUUUCUUCUCCUGCAAGUAAAUAUUCCAACAGCACAACCUCUGUCGUGGACCAUGGUGGAUUUAGCUGGCUGGUCAGCCACUUCUUCAGCAUUACGGAUUCAAUUUUCAGCCUUUUAUUAUACUUUUUAUGUUUGACCUUAAGAUUCGUAGUACUUGUGUUGGCCAUCACACCUAGGAUAGAUAGCAAUGCUAAUGUGCAGUGUCGUUGCAGCAUCAACUUAAAAAAUGAUUCCCUUUUUAAAGUGUCUGUAUAUCUUGUUCAAUCUCAUACUUCUCUUGUGAUUGCCCUUUGCAGAGAAAACAAAGUGGAUGAUCCUAACAAUUGAAAAUAUAGACAAGGACCAUACCAGUGCAGAAUCAUCUGAGGGUUUAUCUUCGUUGGUCUUUGAAAAAUACCCGUGGUGGUAAAGUUUCACCAGGAAAAGAUGAAAGUUUGCUAGAUUUUAUGGAAACGGAGUAAGUAUUGACAUCAUACCUCGAAAGUUCAUACCUUCCUCAGCUUCUCCACAUUUGGAAGAAUUUUGUUUUCUAUGAAUUACUAUUAACAUUUGUAAUAAGGAUGAUGUGGUUUCAUUCCAAGGAUUUAGUAUAAUUGAAAUGUACGAACAAAUUAUUGAUUGAUCUAUAGAUUAUGUUGGCUUUUUCACUAA